UGCCAGGGUCCUGAGCACCGCGGGGACGGCUGCAUGCACACCUCGUCUGGGGUGGCAGCGGUCCUCCCCGUGACAGGCUCGCAGGCCCGCGGCUCAGGAGCGCAGCCAGGGGAGAGGCUAGUGGUAACAGGCCGAGCUGGAUGGAUGGGUAUGGGGAGAGGGGCAGGAGGAUCAGCCCUGGGAUUCUGGCCGACCCUCGCCUUCCUUCUCUGCAGCUUCCCCGCAGCCACCUCCCCGUGCAAGAUCCUCAAGUGCAACUCUGAGUUCUGGAGCGCCACGGCAGGCGGCCACGCCCCAGCCUCAGACGACGCCCCGGAGUUCUGCGCCGCCCUGCGCACCUACGCGCUGUGCACACGGCGCACGGCCCGCACCUGCCGGGGCGACCUGGCCUACCACUCGGCGGUCCAUGGCAUAGAGGACCUCAUGAGCCAGCACAACUGCUCCAAGGACGGCCCCACGUCGCAGCCGCGCCUGCGCACGCUCCCGCCGCCGGGCGACAGCCAGGAGCGCUCCGACAGCCCCGAGAUCUGCCACUAUGAGAAGAGCUUCCACAAGCACUCAGCUGCCCCCAACUACACGCACUGCGGCCUCUUCGGGGACCCGCACCUCAGGACUUUCACAGACCGCUUCCAGACCUGCAAGGUGCAGGGCGCCUGGCCACUCAUCGACAACAAUUACCUGAACGUCCAAGUGACCAACACCCCUGUGCUGCCUGGGUCUGCUGCCACGGCCACCAGCAAGCUCACCAUCAUCUUCAAAAACUUCCAGGAAUGCGUGGACCAGAAGGUGUACCAGGCUGAGAUGGACGAGCUCCCAGCUGCCUUUGCCGACGGUUCCAAGAACGGUGGGGACAAACACGGGGCCAACAGCCUGAAGAUCACAGAGAAGGUAUCGGGCCAGCAUGUAGAGAUCCAGGCCAAGUACAUCGGCACCACCAUCGUGGUUCGCCAGGUGGGCCGCUACCUGACUUUCGCGGUCCGCAUGCCAGAGGAGGUGGUCAAUGCCGUGGAAGACCGGGACAGCCAGGGCCUCUACCUCUGCCUGCGGGGCUGCCCCCUCAACCAGCAGAUCGACUUCCAGGCCUUCCAUGCCCAUGAGGGUCUGGGUGCCCACAGGCCUCAGGCUGCCAGCCCCGCCCCUGCUGCCCCCGACACCUUCCCAUACGAGACGGCCGUGGCCAAGUGCAAAGAGAGGCUGCCCGUGGAGGACCUCUACUACCAGGCCUGUGUCUUUGACCUGCUCACCACAGGGGACGUGAACUUCACGCUGGCUGCCUACUAUGCUUUGGAGGACGUCAAGAUGCUCCACUCCAACAAGGACAAGCUGCACCUAUAUGAGAGGACACGGGAGCCACCCAGCAGGGCGGCCACUGCAGGGCUGCCUCCAGCCCCCCGGCUCCUCCUGGGCAGCCUUCUGCUCCUCGCCCUGCUCCCUGUGUUCCUGGAGGCCCUUGCUGCAUAGGAUGGAGAGUCGCACUGCCUGUCACCAAGCCAGCCUGCAGCUGCAGAAGCGUUGGCUGCUUCCCAGUGGCCCCUCGGUCUCUCUAGGGGCCAGAAGCGAAGGCAGCAGCCGGCCGGUGAGCUGUGGGACGGUUACCUCAGAACUGCCUUGGGCUGUCUGCUGGCAAGGGCUCGGGGCGCGGGGCGGCCCCUCACCCUCCCAGGGCCUUGGACAAGGCGGUGGUGACUGACUGGUGCUGUGACGUCUGUGAUAGUAGAGCUGUGUGAGGGGGAGAGCGGCUCCCCCCUGCCCACCCGCAGUGUGAAUGUGCAAAACCGAGCCCCUUGGGCUGGAGCCCCCGCCCCGCCAGAGACACUGGGAAAGGUCAGAGUCAGCUCCUCCCGCCCCACUGCAAUGCACUGAACGGCCCGGCCGACUGCUGCACGCGCCCACCCGCCAUACGCGCACACUCUUCCACGAGCACACUCGCACACACUGAGCUGGCAGGGCGGGGGCACCCUCAAGGCUGGACCCCCGGCAGGGCCUUCUUUCCCGUGGGGCCUUAGGGCACCCAGAUCCCUGCCUCAAGAGCUCCCAGCUGGGGACAGUGGGUGUUGGCACUUACUCGGAGCAACGCCACUCGUGGGCUCGGAUACCCUUCUCUGGCCCCCCUCCUCAUUGUGCUUAGAAAGUUGAGUUGAGUUUCUAAAUGUCUGAACAGAGAACUACCCUUUGAUUUCUGUUCCUUCCUCUCCAGCAGAUGGUAAGGCCCCCCGGGCAGGGGGGCUUGGGCCACAGGGCAUGGGCAGGAGACCAGCGGAUAGGGCCAGCUGGCCUGCCCUGAUCCUCUGCUCUCCCCAGCUGCUCCCCAGAGCCCUGCUCCCCACCCCAUCCACACAGGGCUGUGUCUGGGGAGAGGAGCAGCCUUGGCAGGGUCUCCCCCAUUGGGUCCCUUCCCUUAAGCCUGGGGCCACACAGCCAGGAGAGACCUGCUGCUGGGAGCCCCGGCUGUCCAUCCAAGGAGCCCCGGACCAGCCUUGCCUCUGCUGCUGCCCCAGAGAACUGCAGGGUCCAGCACCAGCCUGGGCCCCACUCCCAGAGGGCCAUGUCCCCAGAAGCCCCGAAGCCCCUCACUGUCCCCACCUGCCCGCUGGCACCAAUUUGGCCCUUCUGCUGUUCCCCAGGGACCUCUCAUACACUGGCCUCCCCCUCCAAGAGGUCCCCUCUCUGCCAAACCUGGGCAGGCGGGUGGGAGGGGCGGGGCCCCUACUGUGUUUUGGACAGCCCCUAUGUUGGAAGGAAAAAGUGAAGCACUUUAUUUUGGUUGUGUUUGCUCACAUUCUGCUUGGAAGCGGGGACCCCUCACUGCGUCCUUGUGUCUGUGACCUGUGUGGAGUGUCACUGCGUGUACAUACUGUAAAUUAUUUAUUAAUGGCUAAACGCAAGUAAAGUUUGGGGUUUUGUUUUGUUACUUUC